AUGAAGCGAUCGAAGGAAAACCGAAAAAAAUCGAAGGAAAAACGGACCGUCUAUAAGAAAAUCGUAGACGGAAUGGAGUUGGAGACUCUCUACCAGCGGUACUGCGUCCGAUUAAAACACGCCCUCUACCUGUCCUGCUUGACAGUAGCCAGUAUUACCAGCGCAGCGGUACUGAUCACCAUAUGCGUACUGCAAGUGCACGACACCGACAGCAACCUGCUCUCCAUCACCGCCAUGGGCGUCCUGACGCCCGGCCUCGUCCUCAUCCUGCUCGCCAGCCACUUCCCGCCCGUCCUCGAAUCGGACGCCUGGGCGCUCAUCUCAUCGCUGGCGACGACGGCCGGCGUCGCGACGGCCAUGCUCCUGCUGGCCGGCCGCCACGCGCCCCUUCCGCUCUUCGCCCUCCUGCUGGCCCUCCACACGAUGAUGCCCCUCAGCAGGGCCGUCGCCCUCGCGCUCGCCACCAUCGUCACCGUCGCCCAUCUGGCCACAUCCAUAGCCUACGGGAUGAGGGACCUCGACUCCGUGCACUACCUGCAGUUGAUUCCCGAAGUGGUCCUGCUGGUAUCGGCCAGCUGCACCGGCUUGUACUACCGGCACAUGACCGAGGAGGCGCAUCGCAGGACCUUCGUGGGAACGAGGACCUGCAUCGAGUCCCGGGUGAAGCUGGAGUGCGAAAAGGAGCAACAGGAACAACUGCUUUUGAGCGUAAUACCCGCUUAUAUAGCCGCAGAGGUGAAGCGCAGCAUCAUGUUGAAGAUGGCCGACGCCUGUCAGGAGCAAUCGAACCGCAGCUUCCACGAGAUGUACGUGCAACGGCACAACAACGUUUCGAUACUCUACGCGGACAUCGUCAAUUUCACGCCGCUCUCCGAGCAACUGAGCGCCUCGGAUUUAGUGAAGACGCUCAACGAGCUCUUCGGCAGGUUCGAUCAAAUAGCCCAAGACAACCAAUGCAUGCGGAUCAAAAUACUGGGCGACUGCUACUACUGCGUGUCCGGUCUGCCGGUAUCGCGGCCCAAUCACGCCUACAACUGCGUCAACAUGGGCCUGCAGAUGAUCGAAGCCAUCAGGUUCGUGCGGGAGGCGACCGGCUUCGACGUGGACAUGAGGAUCGGCAUCCACACGGGCAACGUCCUGUGCGGCGUCCUGGGGCUCCGGAAGUGGCAGUUCGACGUGUGGAGCGACGACGUCACAUUGGCCAAUCACAUGGAGUCCGGCGGAAUAGCCGGACGCGUCCACGUGACGAGGGCCACGCUGAACCAAUUGGGCGAUAAAUUCCGAGUGGAGCCCGGAGAUGGGGCGUCCAGGGAGAGCUAUUUGUCCGAUCACAAAAUCGAAACGUUCCUGAUUGUACCGCCUAAGCGCGCCGAUAACGAAACCCAGAACGGCAACCUGCAACAGCGACUGUCCAACGUUUCGGAACGCGCGACCGCCAUCGGCGACGGCCGCCCGGGCGCCCCCCUUUCGGGCUCCGGUCCCGCCCGGACGAGGCCGUCGAGCAAGAUGACCAAGUACGUGGAGUGCUGGGGCGCCGACAAACCGUUCGCCAACAUAGCCGAGUCCACGUUGGCCAAAAACAUCGAACUAACGACAUUAGCCAUGAUUGAAUCCAACUUAUUGCCCAAUCGAACGACCUGCCUCGAAUGCAAAAAGUGGUGGAACAGCGAGGAACUCCACCCGGCCCUGUUGUGGUUCCAAAACAGGAAGCAGGAGACGGAGUUUCGCGGCCAACCCGAUGGGGAAUUUCGCUAUUACAUCGCCUGCGCCUCGUUCCUCUUCCUGGCCAUGUGCCUGAUGCAGCUGGCCACCAUACCCAGGAACAUCGUCCUCUUCGGUACCUUGGGCCCCACUCUAGUGGUACUUCUGAUCUUCGUCUACCUGUGCUGGUUGGACGGCUGUUGCGGCCCCCGCCCGCCCUCCGACACCCCCUCCGACGAGCCGGGGGCCUGCUCGCCCCCCGGCCAGAUCGUGGCUGAGAGCAGGUGUCUCAGACUGGCCAUAUUCCUGGUCUCGGUCACUCUGAUCUCGGCCUGCGCCGUGGUCACGCUGAUCGAUUACAAUCCGAUUGCACCGAUUCCUGUACCGAUCGCCAGUACCACAGUAUCACCGGAAAUAAUGGACGAGUACAAUUCGAGUUUCUACUGGAACGCAUCGACGAGAACACCCGAAGAUGUAGCGAUUGUAGUCGUACAAUACGUUCCUACGUACCUGUACAGUUCCGCGUUGGUGCUAGCCGCGAUUUCGGUGUUCCUGCGCAUGGGUUUCCUGCUCAAGCUGUCCAUCAUGGUACUAUCGGCCGUCUCCCACGUGGUCAUCUACAGUUACCUGGAGUUUUUCCAGGAGUACCACGACUACCACGACGACGAAUUUCCUGCUAUACCGUUCGAAGCCAAAACCGCUCUGGCUUUGGCGCUGAUCGUGAUAUUUUUCCACAUACUCGACAGGCAGAUAGAAUUCACGGCUCGAACGGACUACUUGUGGAAGGCCAAGCUCAAAGUCGAGCAGGACGAAGUGGAAACCAUGCGAGGAAUCAACAAAAUCCUUCUGGAGAACAUCCUGCCGGCCCACGUGGCCGAGCAUUUCCUCAACACGAGGGCCUCGGAGGAUCUCUACCACGAGCGGUACUCCUGCGUGGCGGUGAUGUUCGCCUCGAUACCCAACUACAAGGAGUUCUACGACGAGAGCGACGUCAACAAGCAGGGGCUCGAGUGCCUGCGCUUGCUCAACGAGAUCAUCUGCGAAUUCGACAAGUUGCUGUUGAAGCCGAAGUUCAGUUGCAUCGAGAAGAUCAAAACUAUCGGAAGUACCUACAUGUUGGCUUCGGGUUUGAGGCCCGGUAAAGAAGAGGAUAAUAACUUGGAUUUUUUGAAGGAGGCUAGCAGAAAAGAGGAACACAUCGUCACGGCGCUCGUCGAUUUCGCUGUUUUAUUAAUGUCCAGUUUGGAGCAAAUUAACCGAGAUGCAUUCCAAAGAUUCAAGUUGCGAGUCGGGCUGAACCACGGUCCGGUGAUAGCGGGCGUGGUGGGGGCGCAGAAGCCGCAGUACGACAUCUGGGGCAACACGGUGAACGUGGCGUCCAGGAUGGACUCCUGCGGACAGCUGGGCAGGAUCCAGACGACCGACGUCACCGCUCAGGUGCUGAUCAACGCGGGUCACAAGUGCGAUUGCAGGGGCCCCACCUACGUCAAGGGCAAGGGCACUCUGACCACCUAUUUCGUGAGGACGCCCUUCGACGAGAAGGACCUGUAA